GGCUUCAGCCACCAGCACGGCUGUAUCCUGGUUUCUCACAGACGAAUUCGAAGUUUCGAAUCAAGCCUUUUUGGUCGAAAUAUUUUUUAUCCACUGAAUUGUUCUAUUUUUUCUUGAAACGUCAUAGUGUAGAUACAAGUACAAGCUAACGUUUUAAAAAAAUGUGGUCAAAGUCGAAAGACCUCCACAAUGUGGUUGAAAACACAAUCGGUAAUCAACAAUGUAACGACCUGGAGAAUCUGGAGAAGGUUCUGAAAUAUCACCGUUCAGAUUUUUCUGCCCUUCUCAAACAACCAGCUAAAAAUCUUGAUGACAGGAAUCUUCUUCUGAAAUCUGUUAAAGAGCCUGUCCUUUUUCCUGGAAGGAAAACAACUGCUUCACUUGAACAGUCAUUUGUUGAUGAGGCACUUAUCAUCUCAGAUAUGUUUAAUCUAAACGAAAACAUCUCAGUUGGGCUCCUACAUACUGCAGAACAACAGAUGCACUACUACCCAGAUCUAACCAGGGGUUUAGUUUCAGUGCUUUUAUACUACGAUGCUAGACAAGCGAUUGUAAGUUCACUAAAAAUCCUCAUACAAGCAAGGAAAGGUGUUUCUUGGGCAGUAGACACCAGUGACAAAGCUGUCAACUUAAUCACAAAGUACACAGAUAAGUUGGUGGAGAAAGGCUUGGUUGAUCAAAUUAUAGCCCUGUUAGGGCAGCUUAUUCCUGAAAAGGAAAUGAAUUUGCUUCAUGAAAAUCGAGCUCUUGGAGGACCAAAACACAGGAGACAAGUUCAGGAUUUCUUCACUCAAAUAAGGCAAUCGUUAGCUGACAUCGUAUUUUAUUUAGCUGCUCAAAAUGGAUUGACCAAAGAAGAUACAUUAUUGCUAGUAAAUUAUCUAGCUUCAAUCGAACAAAUCGACAACGUCAAUGUCACGCUCUUUAUGGGGCUUCUAUACGCUGUUGAUAUCAGCGCCGUUGUCAGAACGGAAGAAAGUGAAGACGUGGUACGCUUACUACCGAUCACUUCGGAAAGCGGAUUUGUUGCUUCCCUUCAGAAACGUUUAACGGAACCAUUGCAAUGGAAGAAUGCUGGUCUUCAGGCUUCAGUUCAACUUGCCUGGGCAGUCACCUUGGCCACCUUUCGCUCGCUUUCUUCCGGACUUUGCGCUCCGAUUCAGUCGCAAGUUGACGAAGAUGAGGCAAUUCUUGACAUCGCUCUAGACGGAAAGGCGCUGAACUUUUUGAGCCAUCUAUUGCAAACAAAAAAUCAUAUCUACAAGGAAGAAUUUUAUCUGCGUCGCCUACAUGCUCUUGUAACGGAUUUGAUCGUUCAAAUGCCGCUAAAGAUCAAAGAUCUCCGCAACAAGGCUGAUGAAGUUGCCCGAAACAUCUUCGUCUAUCAGCAGGAGGGCCUCGAGCCGCCGCCAAACUUGCCUUUACAUUUUCAGUGGUUACUUAACUUCAUAGCUGUACUGUAUGGGGAGGAUCCUCUAGAGCUGGAACUUUGUCUCGAAUUCUGGUCCAGUGACAUGGCCAAUGCUGGAGUAAAUUAUAGGGUCUCUCAACGUCAAAUGGCUCUCUAUAAGUUUAUUAGAUUGGCCGGCGAUUUGUUACCUCCAUCUCUCUACAUCUCUUAUGCUAGCAUGCUUUGUGGGCUAGCAAAUGGAAAGAGAGCAGCACAUCAAGCCUUCACGCUGCUAAAACAGAACAGCAGUGGUGGCCAAAGCAAUCUGAUAUCCUGGGAGCAUUUUUUCUCGUCACUUCACAGAUACUUCAAUAGUUUGCGCCAAGAAUCACUACCAGUACCCGACACCAUCUAUCGCCAUAAGCCACUAACAAAAGGCAUUACGCCACAGGAGGUCCAGGGUUUGCAGGUGGUUUUAAAGUUAAUGAGAAUCAUUCUACACCAUGACCCUAUUGCUAGGAUAUCUUUGGCUGAAAAUCCAACCUGGAUACCGUUGGUGGUAAUGAUCGGUCUGUUGGGCUGUGCUGUGCCAUUGAGCUUAAAGGGAGAAAUCAUGGAAGUACUGGCAGCAUUUGCACAGUCGCAUGACAUCGUCUACACUCUAUGGAGUAGCAUCGAAACAGCACAAAUUUUAUCGACAACCAGUGUUGUUUCAGCAAAUGUCAAAGGUAUUCAGACGGAACUGGAAGACGUUGAGUCUCGAGCGGAAGAGUAUCCACUGACCAGAGCCUUCCUAAAGUUACUGGAUGUGAUGACUGAUGUUUCCAUUCCAUCCAAUUUGGGAACGGGGCAUAGAACCCCUGGGUUCGAUCCAUAUCUAUUCUACGUCAAAGAUUCCGUUUUCCUCAGGUUCACUGGCAGGGCGUAUCGCAAUGAAACUGAAAAAUGGCAGAUUGGCAAUGCCUGUAUCAAGCUUUUCCUGAAGCUACUUUCCAACUAUGAACCGAGCGUGGAAGAUUUUCAAGACUCUUACGUCGAACUACCCUCUGGCGGCAAUGCCAUUCGAUCCAAACAACCUGGCUAUCACCUCCUGGUGCAUUGUCUGCAUGACUCCAAUUUUCUGCGUCUUUUGCUUCAUGUGGUAGAUGAAGGUUGUCGCGUUUUAGAUCUUUACACACCCACACUAGGAAUAGAAGAGUUGGAAACGCUUACUCUCAAUGUUCUGUUGCUGUUAAAACGUGUGCUGCAACUUCAGGAAGAGUUUGUGGAACUAAUUCGUCGGCUGGGUUCUGGAUUAAGAGUAGUUACAUUGGACAGCUUGCUAUUGGGAAUCAACAGCCGUACUGGCAAACCGGAUCAUAUGGUCAAUAUUGGGAAGCUAGUGACGUUGAAUCAACAUCUUCCCGAACAUGCGUUGGUUGCGUUACACAUUAUACGACGAGUUGCUGCAAAUCCAUCAACCCAAAAUCAACUUCUGGCUCUGUACACGAAAUCUACUGCCUUAACCACGGCUAUUCGUCACGGAUUCGUUGAAGCUUUAGAAAUGGAAGACCCCAACGAUUCGCCAACGGUUCCGGUAGACCAAGACGGCGAAACUUCGUACGCUGGACAAGGAUGUCGACUUGUAGUUCUUCAUCUUCUUAGUGAAGGAAUCAAUUUACCCCAUCCUAGUCUGGCCCAUUUUCUUCUUGGUUUCAAUGUUCAGGCUCCUUUAAGCAAAACCGUUCUGCAGCAACCUGGAAUCCAUGAUCAGCCUCGAACAUGCCUACAUGCUCUUCUUGGCAUUUUGGAGAAAAAUAUUCUCCCAAUAGGGCACUGUUCGGGUGCCAAUCUGCGGGCAACUGAAUUGGCCUAUAAGCUUCUCUAUCAGCUCUGUUCACAUCCAAAUGUAUCUGAUAUUAUGUUAAGAUUCCUGCGCUCGUCCAACUUCCUCGGUCGGCAGGUUGCUGCAUUGCCUUUUGCUCCCGGAAGUUUUGAAUGGUCGCAGCUAUCACAGAUGAGCUGGCUACUUAAAUCUGUUGCUGUUGAAGUGAAAAUUGCCUCGGACAAAGGCCUUCAGUCACACGUUUCGCGUCUAGCCUCACUCUUUCUGUACGAAGUGGAUGAGACAGCCGAAUCAGUCACUGUGGGAGACAUCACUGACAGAUCAUUGUUGAGUGGCAUAUCUUUUCUUGCCAACCAGGAUCAAUUGGUCAUGCGAUCGAGACCAAAAAUUGCUGUCCUUUUGGAUGCUGUCAACCUCGAAGCAUGUGAACUGACACCUCCCACAAUGGAAUUCUUUGAUCCGGGUGCUAUUGAAGCAUUGGUCAAGCAGUGUGAAAUCGUUAGUGAAGAGGAUGUUCAGUUAACGAAAAUUUCGUUGCUCCAAAAUCGGCUACGUAGCGAACUGGCUAACCUUACCAAUGUGGCUCUUGGCCAACGCCAAUUGAUUGUACAAGAAGUCCAGAACAUUCUUUCGUUCGUGGUUCAACGGAAUAACAUAAGGCUAGAGCUUUCGGCUCGUCGUUCUUAUUUAGAAGGGUGGCGGCAAGUCUUGGAAUGUCUUUUGGCCACAGGCUCUCUGAACGAUCUUUCAUACGCACAGCAAUGGAAUAUCCUGACUCAGAUCACUCAAGAUAUUUUCACCAAAUGUUUGACAACAGACAACUCAUUGCCAGAUUUGGUUCAUUACUUAUCAGGCGUCAUGGUAAUCUUGUUGGCAGGAUUACGAGCUUGUGCUUUGGAGGGUGUUAACGAAACCGGAUCAUCGUCCAACGCCACUCAAGUGCCUUCAGAUUACGUAAGAUGUCUUGACGGAACCAUUUUACGGACUCAAAGUGCACGUUCAAUGGCAACCCAACGAGGAGGACCAACAUCUUCAGCUACAAUAAAUGUUAUUCAGCGCCAAUUGGUGGAUUGGAUUUUGCGCGCUAGUGGAUCUGCUCAUCGCGUCCGAACCAAUCUGUACAGCGCUUUGCUAAAUAGUUUAAGAAUCAGCAAUCACACAGCCGAAUUCUACAAAUUGGCUCCUGCAUCAUUGCUUCAGACUCUCGUCCGUGAUUGUAGCAGUGGCCACGAUGUACAGCGAAUGUUGGCUCUUUCCCUUCUUGAUCAGUUAGCCGCUGCCGACAACCAAGGACCGAUUGCUACCUUCUUGUCUUCUCAAGGAUAUUUGAAACACAUGGUAAAUUCCCUGCUCCAGUUGGACGUUGGAUUGGUGGGUGCUCUAGAAAUGCAGCCUAGUAUGGACGGCUUACGUACCUUAUAUGUGUACGAAUCACAAAUGGGGCUUUUGACUCGAUUGGCUAGCAGUCAGAAGGGGGCUCUUGUGCUCCUAGAGAGUGGCAUAUUUCAGCGCCUUUCAGAAAUGUCUGUCUUUAGCCAACGUCCGGAAGUAACUAGCGGAACUAUUGAAAAUGCACCGUUUAUCCCAGAUACUGCCCAUCGAUUCCAUCAGAUCCUUUUCCCCGCUCUCCAGCUUUCCAACACAAUGCUUACCGCUCUUGGAAGCCGGCAUCGCACUGGAAGUUCGGAGGUGAUCCAUUUCUUACUCUCUCAUAGCGACACAGUGAGUGCGAUUUUACGCAAUCGGAACUUAGCACCGGUGUCUUCUAAGUUGGAAGAAACGGCAUUGCUUACUGCCGUCAUUUCACGAGCAGCCGGGUGGAAUGCAGUGUAUGAAGAAUCCCCAGCUGCCAUGGAGGUACGCGGACAGUUGAGUCGUCUCGAACAAGUGACCCUUAAUCUAUUGCCGGUUUAUAUUCUUGGGGAGAAUAUUUUGGCCGAAUUCGGUCUUGUAUCUAGCAAAGUGUGUUUGCAGGUGGCUGUUAACAUUUUAAAACUCGCUCGAUCUCUGACUACACAGAAUCGUGCUAUUUUCGCACCGAGCUUCGAUCGUCCUAAUAAAUCAUGUCUUUCCCUGGGAAUCCUUACUAAAACCUUGAUCAGCUCCUCAGCGAUUUUGAUCAGUGCACAAGAGAAAAGUGAAAUUUGUCGCCGCCGAUUAGACUCUAUUCAAGAUUUGACGACACAACAGCUGAUGGAACUGUUGCCUGCCGAUACAGAUGAGAAACUGCCUGCUCAAGUCCGUCGCAUGAUUGGAGCCAAAACGCUAGAACAAGAACUGAAAAACUGGGAAGAACUCUUAGAACUCUGCAGUCUAGUGCUGGAAUCUGCCACCUGGCUCUUGUGGCACCAUAUGGAACAUUAUUUCCAGUAUAAGAAGUCAUUGGCUUUCGGUGGAUCAUCAGCGAUUUUGAGUCAAGAAGAUCUUGGUCGAUUAAAAAAGGAAGCGCCGACACAUCUUAAUGCAAUCUUGUUUAAGAAAAUGAAUGAAUGCGAGCAGGUGUACCUACACAGAAAAGGUCGUCACGGUUUUGUUCAAGCGCUACUUCGACGAGUAAAACGUUUGCUCAGCGUGUAAUUUUAUACUUUCGUUUGGGGGUUACAGUGUCUGAACAAGUGGUAAAUUUUUCGUUGAUUAAAGAGGAUGUGAACAUCUAAAUUCUUCAUCAUGUUAAGCCAGUAAACUAUUUUGGUAAUCA